GGGAAUUAUUUUGUAGUGGAAACGGGUAGUAGUUCUGGUUUCCACAUGUGAGCACAGAUAUGGCAGAAGGUGGGACGUGUAAAGUGUUUGAAAACUGUCUUGAAGUGUUUAGUACAACUACUGCGCAACCUGAACUAUUUCUCAGUGUACAGAAUGGAUUGGCUACAAGCUUGACUUCCCUUACAAAGACUCUGUAUGACCUACACAAAGAGCAACACCCUUCUGACAUUGUAGGGAGCCCCUUAAAAGAACUGGUAAUAGAAAACUUUGAUGAAGAACAAAUUUGGCAAGAACUUGAGUUACAGAAUGAUUCAGUUUUGAGAUAUUUUAGGAAAGCUGUAGCCAAAACAGUUAGAGAUGAUGACCUCCAACUUCUUUCUGCUGACAGUGAUGAUGGAGACAAGGACAAAGAGGAGGAGGAUGCCAGUGCGGAUCACAUGGAGGAAAACUUGCUCUCAGAAGAUGCUUCUGAUGCAGUCAGUGAGGACUUUGACAGUAAAAAGAAAAACAAAAAGAAGGAAAGUAAACUAAAGCAUUCUGAGAAAUUGAGCGAUUAUGAUUCAGAUGUUGACUUUGACAUUGAUGAAUUGGAAGAGAGGACUAAAGCUAACAAAAAAAAGACAAAGCCAGGGAGUAAAUCCAUUGUGGAUGAUGCUUUUUUUAAGCUAGCUGAAAUGGAGGCAUUUUUGGAAGAUGUUGAACGAAAGGAAGAUAGGAAUGGCAAAGAUGAUGAUGAGGAGGAUGAAGAUACUAUAGAUUAUGGUGAAGAUAUACCAUCUGAUGAUGAUUCCGAAGAUGAAGAACAAACUGAAGUAACUAGGAGAAAAAAGUUGCGCAAACAUGCCAGAGAUCUGAAAUACAAGGACUUCUUUGAUCCUAUUGAAGAUGACGACGCUUGCAAUGCUGGAGAUGGUGCAGAUGCUGAUUCUGAACAAAUAGAAGAUGAUCAGGAAGAAAUGGAAGAUGAAGAUUCAGAUGAAGACUAUUAUGCCAUGGAGGAAACCAAAGAAGGAAGAAAAGAAAAGGAGGCAUUUAAAAGAGUUGCUUUUGAUUUGUCAGAUGACAGUGAAGGAGAAGAUGUUGAAGAAAUUCUUGGUGGGAAGAAAGCAACAGAAAGUGAAAAGAAAUCCUCUUUUGAAAAAAGACAAGAGAAGAUGAGUGAGAAAAUUAAGGAGCUUGAAAAAGAAUUGAUGGCUGAAAAACCAUGGCAGCUAAGUGGGGAAAUAACUGGAGAAAAACGACCUGAAAACAGUCUUUUAGAGGAAACUGUGGACUUUGAUCAUGCCAUCAGGAUGGCCCCUGUAAUCACAGAAGAAACCACUCUUCAGCUUGAGGACAUCAUCAAACAAAGGAUUAAAGAUCAGAUUUGGGAUGAUGUGGUACGCAAGGAGAAACCAAAGGAAGAUGUUUUUGAGUACAAGAAGCGUCUCACCUUGGAUCACGAGAAGAGUAAACUGAGUCUUGCUGAAGUUUAUGAGCAGGAGUAUUUGAAACAAACUAAGCAAAAGGUCGAUACUGAAGAAAACCCUCAACAUGUGGAAAUACAGAAGAUGAUGGAUUCGCUUUUCCUAAAACUGGAUGCAUUGUCCAACUUCCGCUUUAUACCAAAACCACCUGUUCCUGAGGUUAAGAUUGUAUCCAACUUGCCUGCCAUCAUGAUGGAAGAGGUAGCACCUGUCACUGUUAGUGAAGCAGCUUUACUUGCUCCAGAGGAAGUUAAGGCAAAGAAUAAGGCUGGAGACAUAAAAGGAGACAUCGAAAAGACUGCUACAGACAAAAAGCGAGAAAGAAGAAAGAUUAAGAAAGCAAAACACAUCAGACUAAUGCAGAAGGAAAGGAAGCGAAAACUCCUUGAAAAGAGUCUUGGAGAAAAAGGAAAAGAGCCCAGUAAAAAGGAAGCAGCAGAAAAACUGAAGAAGAUGACCAAAGAAGGCAAAGUUGCAUUACUCAAGGAUGACGGCAAAGACAAGUCACUAAAAUCUUCACAGGCAUUCUUUUCACAGUUGCAAGAUCAAGUAAAAAUGCAAAUCAAAAGUGCAAAAGAUAUAAAAAAGAAAGACAAGAAACGAACAGAGAUUGCUGCCCACAAAUUAAAACUGUGAAGACCUGGAUUUUGUAUAUGAAUGUGUAGAGCUUUAUAUAUUGUAUAAUAUGAAGCUGAACUGUACUGAGCUAGGGAAAACUGUCGGAUAUUAAAGUUUGCUAUCACUGUUGUAUCUGUACAGACAUCUUGGGUUAUCCUAGGUGGUAAAAAAAAAGUGAUGUAGAUUAUUUGCCAGUUAACUUUGUUCUGCAGAAUGUUCAGUGCAUUGUAACAACAGAAGAAACAAACUUGUAUGUUGUUAUUUUUUAAUUAGAAUAUGUAUGGUAUAGCCAGGAUUACUGGCAAAAUCUGAACUUUUAUUAAAAGAUUUUUACUGGAUGGGAAA